AUGGGGCUCCAUGGGGGGCAGUUUCGGCUGCUGCUGCAACUGCUGCUGCUGUUUACACAUCACCAGCCCGGGGCAGGCCUGGCUGCCCCAGUGCGCAUCAGCUAUGUGCCCUGGCUCUCAAGCACAGCCCUGGCAGGGAGGCUCACCCAGUCCACCUUCGCGCUGGAGCAGCCAUGGGGCCAGUUCAGUCACCCGGCCAUCUCCGACGUGGACGCCAUCUGGCUGGUGGUGGCACACAGCAACGGUGGGUGCAGCUGGGGCAGGCCUUGGUUUUCCUUCUGUGAGCCACGGAGGGCGGAGGACGCUCCUGCCCCUGCCAACUUCCCCGAGGGGGGCUACCACCUCACGAUGAGGGCUCCCUGGGCGCUCUACCUGGGCAGCCAGGCUGGCAACCAGCUCCGCGUCCUCUGCAUGGGCAACGACACCUGCUGCUCCCCCACCAUGAAAGGCUGCAACCACCCCCUGCCGGGCCCAGGCCCUUACCGGGUAAAGUUCCUGGUGAUGAAUGACAGGGGACCGGUGGCUGAGACACAGUGGUCCAAUGAAACCCACCUGCAGCCACCAGAGGCACCCCAGGCUGCCCCCCGGCCCCGGAGCACAGGCACUGUGAUCAUCGUCACCCUCCUCUCCGUCCUCCUCACCGUGCUCCUCACUGCCCUCCUCGCCCUGCUCCUCCACACCUGUUUCAGCAGCUGUGGGAGCAUGUCUGUUUCAGGCCCAGGGGAGUCUGCAUGCUCGAGAAGAUACGACAGCCACCACAUGGUCAGCCCUCCAGCCGUGGGGGGCUCCUGA